AUUGAAUUUUUACUGGAACAUUGACGGAAUGGUAACGAAAUGGGAUCAAUUAAUAGAGAGAACUUAAAAAAUACAUUUGAGUAAAAUUCCACUUAUAUUUCCAGAAAGAUAUUUCCAUCGGGGUGGUCACAGAAAUCGCUAAGCGCGCUCAGUGAGCUUCCUCUGCUGAGCACAGCCGUUCGUUCCAAUCGAACGAAUCCCGCUUUGACUGACGUCACGCGUAUCAACAUGGCAGCGGUUCCGAUUGACUCCCGAUCACGCCGCUGCGCGGCGUUCGGGCGUCUUGCGCGCCGCCGCCGCCGUUCGUCCAUUAUUCGAUGACGCAGCGGUGGUACGUGAUGUCGGAUACGUGUGGGAAGAUGGGCGGUGGGGUUAAGUGCGGUGGCCAGGGGAGGAAAGGAGGCAGGAGACGGUGAAAAGAUAAAGGUUAGAAGAGGUUAUGAACUCUAACCCGCGGGUGCGCGACGGAGUGGCUGGUAGUGCGACGCUAUGAACGGUCCCAAUGACGCGUGGACGGACCAAUCGCCGUUGCUGUCAACGAAGAGAGAGAUGGACAGGGACCACAGAGAACAACGCGAUCACGAUAGCAUGAAUGAAAAGGACGCGGAUCGCAAGGUCGGAAUGGACUUUCGUAGCCUGUCCCAUCAUCAUGAUCACGUGGACGUUGAUACUGAGAGAGACAUGGACGUUGAUCCGGCCGAUCGCGUCGAAAACCUGCACGACGAGAAACCCGAGAAGCUGGGGAGGAAUUUUCAUAAUAUAGGGCAUCAUCCCGCCAUGAGAGACCUAGAUAGAGAUCAAAAUAAUCACGUCGACAAUUUGCACGACGACAAGAUAGAGCACAAGAUAGGAAGGGAUUUCCGCAGUUUGAGCCAUCAUACGGGAAUGGUCCAUUUACACUCCGGCAUGGAGCAUUUAAAUAAUGUCGACGUCGAAGUGAAGCUAGCGAGAGACGUGCGCGGCUCGUUAGGCUUAGGACUCUCCUUAGAACUGUGCGUAGUCUGUGGGGAUAGAGCCAGCGGCAGGCACUACGGUGCCAUCAGCUGCGAAGGCUGCAAGGGCUUCUUCAAGCGCAGCAUUCGCAAGCAGCUGGGCUACCAAUGCAGAGGUAGCAAAAGUUGCGAGGUUACUAAGCACCAUAGAAAUCGCUGUCAGUAUUGUAGGCUUCAGAAGUGUCUGGCGAUGGGCAUGAGAAGCGACUCUGUUCAACACGAAAGGAAACCCGUACUGGGUGACGCGACCGGCACGAAAGUGGGCAAUCGUAGCGCCAGAGUGAAGCCGGAACCGCAGCAACCUGUGCCGGAGACACCUCCGGCUUGGGAGCAACCUGAGAGCCCCAGCAUGGAAGACCAAAGCAGCGACAGCGAUCUCAGCGACGCCUUGACCUUAGCGCGCGAACGCGUGCUCAUUUCUCAUGCGUUGGACAGCAUGGCUAAGCUCAUCGGUGACACUGUGAACGGCUCGAGCGAGCCGGAGGAAGAAUGGACCGGCCAAUUAAUCUCCGAGCGACACACGUUGUUCGAAUUGAGGCCGCCUAGCCCGGCACCUGCGUAUUUAUCUAUUCAUUAUAUUUGCGAGAGCGCGGCUAGGCUGUUAUUUUUAUCUGUGCACUGGGCACGAGGAAUUCCGGCCUUCCAAACCUUGCAACCUGAAAUUCAAACAGCUCUAGUGCGAAGCUCCUGGGGGCAAUUAUUUACAUUGGGCCUCGCACAGUGCGCGUACACGUUGUCUCUUCCUAGUAUCUUAACGUCGAUUAUCAAUCACUUGCAAGCUAGUAUAGCGCAGGAAAAGAUCACUGCUAGCAAAGUGAAGUCUCUCACGGAACACAUAUGCAGGCUGCAGGAUUGCGUGAAUUCCCUGCACAAGCUGCAGGUCGAUUCCGUGGAAUAUGCGUACCUCAAGGCUCUAACACUUUUUAGCCCUGACAAUAUGCUAGCAGGUCUCUGGCGUAGGAAGGUCGAAAUGCUGCAAGACGCGGCGUGGACAGAAUUGCAGCAACGUGUCGGCUCCGAUAGAUUACCUCGUCUUCUCCUGAGGCUAGCGCCUCUUCGCUCGAUUAACCCUAGGAUCUUGGAAGAUCUCUUUUUCGCAGGUCUCAUCGGCCGAGUAAGCGUCGCUAGCGUCGUGCCUUAUAUCCUUACCAUGUCGGAUUACAAACCCGAACCGGAAAGUCACAUGGGGUGACGAAUACUGUCAGUGCAAUGUAAGUCGUGACCUUGCAGGAUGUUGCAUCGUUGAUUACGUGAUGUUACAUACGUCGUGAUGUAUGCGUAAGUGUCAGAUGCCUUGAAUGCGUUGGAAAGAUUCCAACACCUCUGGCGUCACGUGGGACGCGAAGACGGAUUUUCGAAGAUAGAAGACAGACGUCGAUCCUUAAACGUCGAAACUGGACGGUUCAAGCUACAACUGUAAAUCGCAGUCGUGUCUUCUUCAUCUUCGAGAUGCCGAGAACGAUCGUUGUGUUACGGCGAUGCCGGGGCGGCUGGGAUCCCGCCAAUGACUUUAUACAACGAAAGUGCAAAAGACAUGUGAGAAAUCAAAAUCAACUUUCUUUCUUUACAUAUUCGAAAAGUAUUUUUACACAAAAUGAAAAAUUAUACGCAUAUAUUGUGAUCGUGAAAGUGGUUAUCCUGUUCAACUAAAACGCGCGUAAGUUCAGAUCAAUUGUAUAUACACGUAUUGUUAGGUGUGCUCCGCUACAGCCAACUGAUUGUUUAUAAUAAUAAUCGCCCCGGUAUCCAACAAUUUCCUUAUUUAUAUAGUAAACGGAUAUUGCGUAAAACUUUCGUAGAGGAAUAGCUUGACACGCGGAUACCUUGUUGAGUUUACCUUGAAAAAGAGAAGUAACGUAUACAGUUGUAAUUUCAACGAGUUAGAGCUUAAAUAACAUUGUGCUCAUCGAAGUGGGCAACCUGUGACGUAACAAUCAGGGAGUAUCGACGUUGUAAUAUUUAUACGUAUAUAUGCGCGGUUAUAAAUAAAAACGCGGCAAAUGCUUUCUGUUGCAUUUUAAAUGUCUAGGUGAUCACAAAUGCACAAUAUCUUCUUUGGAAAAUGAGCUUCGUUAAUUGAUCUCUACGUAGAACUUGUAGUAUAUUAUUUCGAAAGUAAAAAAAAAGUAUCGUAGUAUUUAUACUACUAAUGUAUGAUACAAUCUCACAGGAAAAUUUCUCCUUUUUAUAUCGGCGUAUAUUACUUAUGGGAAAAACAGAAUACGUGGGAGACAGUAUAUAUAUAUAUAUAUAUAUAUAUAAUAUGUUUAUAAUCUAUUAUCUAUAUUGUUGUUAGCAGCCAAAUAGAGUUCUUAUCUGAAAAUCGUUAGAUUGGUCUAGAUUAGACCGUUCUUUAUGCGGAAGAAAAAAUUUCUUCGUUUUAUUUUAUUAGUAAGAAGUGAUUGGAGACGCGUGAUAUCAAUUAUAUCUGAACAAAUUAGCGUUACUUAUUUGCAAGAAAAUUCAACAAAUGAGUAACGCGCGUGAUUCCAAUUUCCUAUACAAUAUAAAACAUAAAGAAAAAGUUACGAUCAUAUUUUUGCUUCUGAUAUACAAAUCAAAGUUUUUUGCGUAUCUAUUAGCUGUUGCUCGUUCGAAAAGGACAAUAAAAAGUAUAUUUUUUGUAAGAGAUAUGAGCGCGUGGAUACUUAACGUAGUUUAGUAAGCAAGUGUCACAGUUUGUACAUGAGUUACUUAACUGAAUGUAAAUUUCAUAUUUUAUUGUCCGUUGUAAUUAAGCAUCUUAAUAAUUGUAAUAAUUAUAAACGUAACUGUACACUUCGUACGUAUUUAAUGGUUCUGGAAACGUAAGAUAAUAUUAUUUUCUAGUUAAAUAUGUCCAAUCGGCUUAUCAAUUAUAA